GUCAGUUCAGUGUUAUCCUCUCCUCUAUGUAUGUAUUUGUGCGUGCUCAGCUGACUGACCGCUGAUGAGUCUGGUGUAGCGGUGAUAUCGGUGCGCUCGCCGCUGCGCUGCAGCCGCUGUUGCUGCAGGGGGAGCAUCCGUCCAACAGCCUGCAGUGCUGCGAUGCGCGGCCGCUCCUCUCUGCGCCUCUUUCCCCCACAUAAUCCCGUUUUCAAGACCUCCGAGGAACAGAUCCGUGAGAGAGGGGCGAGCUCCGUGCAGCAGGGAGGUGAAAGAGUCUGCAGUGUGCGUCUUAACUGAGAUGGAGAAGGCGCUUGCUCAUUUCCACAAAUGUUUACAUGGUUUCUGGAGAUGCAGGUGUCAACAGAAGUUUUCCUUUCAAUGACUGGAUAGAGGCAGUGAGGUUCCAGGAUGCGGUCCAUGAGGAAGACGGUGUUGCUAGUCAUCUUGGUGUCUGUGGUGCUAGUACUGGCUCUCCUCCAUUCGUGGCCCACUCGGGGCUAUACCACAGUGGAUGUUUGGCAGCGACCAGCGUUUAUAGUAGAGAGGCAUCUGGAAGAGAGGGUCCCUGAGUCAGACCAUCGAUUGAGCAAUAUUCCCUUCCAUGUAAGGGAUAAUGUGGCGAGUUUACUGGCACGUAAUGGAUGCAUAUGUGAGGGCGAAAGUGGGGGGGUAAACCUACCGUUCGCACAACUCUUGUUCCCGCGGGUGUCAGCUCACCCGCUGCACACUGCCUUCGAGUCUUCAGAGCUGGAGGAGAUGAAGAGGAGACGGGCUAAAGAGUACAGCAGCUUUCAGACGAGGUCAAAGACCCCUGCAGAUCUACUCGUUAUUGCUGAGGCUAACAGCCCCUUGCAGUAUCCGACACAGGGGGUGGAAGUACGACCCCUGAAAACAAUUAUCAUCCCAGGCUUGGCCUUACAUGACCUUCCCAGAGAUAAUUACUCAAUAAACAUCACUGCCACGCUGGGAACUCUAAAUGUGGCCGCGGAGGUAGACGAGGUGAAAAUCAAAGGUGAUGGCGAGAUGCACAUGACUCUUUCCAGCCGCCUGCUGCCGAACAUGAACCGACAGCUGCAGUUCGUCACCUACACGAACACGCUGUUUCAUCCCAGCACGGCCGACACAGUGCAGCUUGAGACAGAGGGACAUCAAGCUGUCUUCAGCAUCAAGAUCCGACACGGAACAACACCUAAACUGUACAACACUGGAUCCAAAGGAGAGUACAACAUCAGCGCCCUCGUGACAAUAGCCACAAAAACCUUCCUGCGUUACGAUAAGCUUCGAGAUCUUAUCGACAGCAUCAGAAGAUACUACCCUACUGUUACCAUAGUUAUAGCUGAUGACAGUGAAAAUCCCCAAACCAUCUCUGGGCCUUACAUCGAACAUUACAUCAUGCCCUUUGGAAAGGGUUGGUUUGCCGGCCGAAACCUGGCCGUGUCCCAGGUGACCACGAAGUACGUACUGUGGGUGGAUGAUGACUUCAUCUUCACAGCCAACACCAAGCUGGAGAAGCUUGUGGAUGUUUUAGAAAGGACCACUCUGGAUCUAGUGGGUGGUGCAGUGCGGGAGGCCACGGGGUACACCGCCACCUACCGUCAAACCAUCUCCAUUGAGCCAGGAGAGGAAGAUGGUGACUGUUUACACAUGAGGAGAGGAUUUCAUCACGUCAUCGAAGGCUUCCCCAACUGCGUUGUGACUGAUGGGGUCAUCAACUUCUUUUUAGCUCGCACAGACAAAGUCCAGCAGGUCGGCUUUGACCCACGCCUCACCAGGGUCGCUCAUCUGGAGUUUUUCAUCGAUGGCCUCGGCUCUCUCCAUGUGGGCUCUUGCGAUAACGUCAUUGUCAAUCACGCGACCAAAAUCAAACUACCCUGGGUAAGCCAGUCAGAGAGCGACAAGACCUACGCCAAGUUCCGUUACCCAUCAGCCUCCUCUGAUGCCACGCACACCAAAAACGGCCUCCUGUACUUCAAGAAUCGGUUUCAGUGCUUGACUCAUAAUUAGCUUCCCCUCUCCUCUUUUUCUCGAAGGUUCCUCCGCUCUCCCCGAGUUGCCAAAGAAGUUCUCCUCCCCCACGCCCAGUCAGAUAAGAUUUUGGUUUGCCUUCUCUUGAGAACCUUGAAAUUAUUUUUCCAGCUUCAGCCUUUAGAGCAGUUUUAGCAUGUUUUAUCUGUCAGUGCACAGCUCUGCAGUGAGCUAAAAAGUCCUCUAGCAUCUAGAAGCCCAACAGAAAAAUUUAGGCUUCCUUUUUGGUGUGAAGACAGGAGAAAUGAGCUGCAGUGCCCAGUAACAUCUCGAGUCAUAAAGGGAUCUUGCUCAUACCCUGCACAAAGACCAGACUUUGGGAGAACCGAACAGGUAGCAGCCAGUGUAACUUCAUUGUCAUGCUGUUCUGGGUAGAUGUGCAUGCAUUCUCCUUCGAUUUGCACUAGCCGAAUAUAGAAUUGAGCUUGGAACAAGGUCUUUCUGUCAGUGACAACAAACCCUUUCAGUUAAGUGACAGAGUUGCAGACUCGGAGCUUCAGUGUGACCUUCUUGCCAAUGCCACAUGAAGAACGUGUUCCAAGUCUUUUCAUUUGUCGGGUUCUGGUACUGACUGGCCGUGCCAAAGGUCUGGAUGCUGCUAGCUCUGGGGUGCUUUAAUCUGUGUGUGCAUUAUGGUUUUACUGCCCAUUACCCAGAAUCCUUUUGUGUCACCCAUGGAGAGAUAAGUCAGAUCUGAGGAGGAGAACCUUUUGGUCCCAGUUCAUCAGGUGUUACCUGGUUGCGGGAGCAGCUGUAAUCGUCGUCUUCUGCUGUUUGUCUGUUUCCCCAACAAGCAUCUGAGGAAAACUAGGCUUUUGAGUGCUCACCACCGGAUCUUUACAUGUGGCCCAAAAGAAACAUUGGUUGAACUAAAGUACUUGUUAAUUUCACAUCAUUAUGAAAAGAGGAUGGGGA